UCUCAGCUUAGAUUUCUCUCACCAUGAAUAUUCAGAUCUCUCCCUGCUCAGCCUCUGUUCGCUCCUGUUUACUUUAGGCAGGAGUGGCUCAGUCCCUGGUUAACCUUGACAUACAGAGGGAGGGAGAGAGAAGUGAAGCACAAAUAGGUAUGUGGCACCUCUGCACACCUGAGAUGUGAGAACCACAUUUUUACUGGUUGCCAAAGCCAACUCUGCCAGUUUUCCCACAAAAGUAACUCAACAUCCAGCUCGGUGUCUCCUUCUACCUCACGUCUUCUCCAUGUUGGUUUUUGCCCACAAGAGUUGAAAACACUCUUCAGUGACGGACAAAUCAGACACCAGAGGAAGCAGGGUGACUAAUCCUGUUGGCUCAAUGGCAGAAAAUAAUUAUAGCUGGUGGAAGUUAACCUUCCUCCGAAAGAAAAAAUCCACUCCAAAGGUAUUGUAUGAAAGCCCAGAUAUUUACGCAGUGGCCAAUGAUGAGAACCUACAAGGGGGCAUGCCAGGAGAUGGGAGCAGCGAAAGCCGCAACGAGCAGGAAUUCAAUGCCCGGCUAGAGAAAAUUGUGGACAAGAGCACCAAAGGGAAACACGUCAAAGUUUCCAAUUCGGGACGCUUCAAGGAAAAGAAGAAAAUCCGGGCUACUUUGCCAGAAAACCCCAACUUCUUUUCCGAUGGGGAGCGGGACGAAAAAUAAGAGCCAUGUGAAGGAGAUGCUCUUCACAAGCCCAUCUUUGAGGACAUUUCUUGGCUGAAGAGAAGCUGAUGAUGCAUCAGGUUCAUUAUGUUUGCUAAUGAAGUUAACGAGGGAGCUAUCUGGGGCUCCAGGAUCAGGUCCUGAUUUUCAUGUGAAGGUUCCAAACAGGAUGAACAUUAUCCAUAUUUUGUUUUGUUUUGUUUUCCUUUUUUUUUAAUUUAAGAAAUAAAGUCAAUAAUAUUUGCAUUAAACACAAGCUUGUGAGGGAGUCAACAGUGAGAAAGGAAAAUUGAGAGGUGGAGCAGAACAGGGAACAUAUGCAGUACUGCUAAACUCAGAUCAAUUAUCCCUGGUUAGCAACCCUGUCAACCUUCUAAUCAGAGUAAAUAGAGAAUGUUUGUCUUUGCCUCUCAGGCCUUCUCAGCUCCUGGCACUCUUGGGCAGCUGCUCUGAUAGGCCUCAUCGGUACUGGCACCUGCUUUCGUCUUCCUACCCUGCUGUUCUCUCAGCUGCAAGCUUUUGAGUCUGCAGACCUGACCAUCAUUGAAAAUUAUCCACACACUCACCCCGAUUCACCCUAUGUAGAUUUGGUCUAAGUCACUGUAGAAAAUAUAAAUGGGAAAUGUUUUUACAGAUUAAGUUGCUUCUUCUAGGUAAGCUCAUGGCUAGGGAAAGGGGCCUUUGGUGGCCUCUUAGAUAUUGAUCUACAUGUCUGAUGUUAGUACCUAGAAAGAUUCUACAGCAGUUCAUAGAAACCUUUAUUUUGGGGAGGUUGAAAACAAUGUAGUAAUUACCAGCAGUCAGCAUGACUUGUCAAAAACAAGUCUUGUCAAAUGAACCUUAGCAAAUGUUUUGUUUGGAUAUUAUCCUUAAAUUGAGGGAAUGCUGGAGAUGUACUUUAACUUAACUGCAGGAAAGCACUUGACAAAAUAGCCAUUACAUUCUGCUUAGCAUGCUACCUGAGUGUGAGCUGGAUAGGUGGUUUCAUACCUAGCAGAGAAAUUGAGCUCAGAGUGCUCACUGGUGGUUCCUUACCAAACUGGAGUAAGGUAUUAGGGGAGGAGGGGAAUCAUAAGGGCUGAUCCUAGGUCCUGUAUUCUCAAAAAUUUUUAUUCCUUGGGUGAAGAGGUGGAGGGAACGCUAUACUGAAUUUGUAGAUGAUAUAAAACUGGGUAGGAUAACUUUAAAAACAGAAAUAAAAUUCUGUAGUUUUUAUGUUAGAGAAAUGGGAUAAAAAUAUCAAUAAAAUUUAAUAGAGACAA